AUGGUCUCCAAGGGACAGAAGAAGAUGUCCUUUAUUAAAAAGGCCAAGACAAAGGCCGCCAUCAAAUAUAAUACAGUAAUGAUUGUUGGAGUUAAAGUCUUUAUUGCCAAAUAUCUCUCCCAUCAGAAACUCAAGACUGCAGACCUCACCGGGAAACUAGCCAUAGUCACCGGAAGCAAUGUAGGAUUGGGCAAAGCAACGGCUCAGCAUCUCGCAGAGAUGGGGGCUACCGUAUACAUGGUCUGUCGCAACGUGGAAAAGGCCGAGGCAGCAAAGCAAGACAUCCUUAAGGCUGUACCAACGGCAUCCCUCCACAUUAUCCAGCUCGACACGUCGACACUGGAUAACUGUCACAAAUUUUGUGAAGACUGGGCUGCCAAUGGUGGGAAGACUAUUGACAUACUCUUCCACAAUGCUGGCAUUGGAUGUCCUCCUACCUCGGACAACCCUUUCGGCCCCGACGGCUUCGAACACAUGUAUAUGACGAACUUCCUCUCCAAUUUCAUUCUAACACAUGGCUUGGAACGAUUCUUCGCACCAGAUGCCAGUGUGGUUAUGACAUCCUCACCCGGUGUCUAUGUCGCCGACUUCUCUCAUGAUUUUGCAAAGCAGUCGACCAAGAAUUUCAUGGAACCAGGCUACAACUAUGCCAAAGCCGCCCACCCAAAGCCGGCUUAUAGCGUCGUGUAUAGCAGUGGAAAGCAGAUGCAAUUAAUGUUCGCAAAGAAUUUGAUGGCGAAGUGGAAGGCGGAAGGCAAGGGAUAUAUAGCCCAUGCUUACAACCCGGGGUAUGCUGAUUCCGACUUCUUUUCGAAGGAAGGAGUCAAGUCAGCAAAGAGGAAGGACGACCCGAUUUGGUGGCUCUUGACUACACUUAAGUCACCAAUGCCGCCCGCGGAAGGCUGUAAGACCGGAGUUAUGCUGUCAAUUGAUAAGAGUAAGAAGGUUACCGAUAAGGCAGGGCGUUUGUGGGAUAGAAUGAAGUGGAGGUCGAGCCCUGUCGACCUAUACAAUGACGACUUCCUCGAAAGGAUGUGGGAUAGAUGGUGUAUCGAUACAGGUAUCGAGUGGUCCAUGCGCCCGCAAGAAUCGACGACUGCCUCGAAAGCUAGCGUCGAUGAAUCUAUUACCGAGAAGAAAUAA